AAUAAAGUUUGUAAAAACAAAGUAACUCUGGCAAAAGCCGCGGGAUAGGAUUAGUAAGAGAUUAAUAUGGUUAUUCCCUUUGAUUCAGCAACUGGCUUACGGGUCUUUCGGAUUAGCCAGUACAUAUAGAACUGACAAAAAUUAAAACUGACGAUAAUCGAUUGUUGAAUCAUCAAAAUCCCAGGGUUUUGGAUUUAUGGAAACGGAAAAUGGGGUUGAGAGGAUUGGUAGGCCAGAAUUGGGAGAGAAAACCGCUGUUGAAAAUCGGGUAGUCGGGGAUAAUAUGAAUAAGGUAGAUGAUAUUGUUGAGAGAUUGAAAGAUGUUGAUGACGAGGCGAUUGAUUCACAAGAGAAAUUGCAGAAACAGGGGGCUAAUAUUCAUGAUUCAGUUUCAAAACUGCAUGUGAAUUUGGUUAAUGAAUCGGACAAUUUUGAUAUUGGUAUUCCUACUGUUGGUGCUGAGGAGGUGGGUGGAGUAGUUGCCGAAGAAGAGGUGAACAAUUUGGUGGAUGAGGGAGGAACUGUCAAGGAAGUGAAUGGACAAAAGGAGGUUGAUGGUGAUGAAGGAAUCGAGAUUUUGAAGGAUGCAGUCGAGCUCAAUUCUGGGCAUCGAGCUGAAUUCACCUCCGACUCCGAGGGUGAAGGUUUCUCUGAGAAUCCGUCGGAGAGUGAUUCAGAAGAUGAGGAUAUUGAUCGUCCGUGUCUAUUUGAUACGUAUAUGGUGGAUCAUUUGUUGCAUUGUGAAGGGGAGGCUAUGCCAAGAAGUAUGUGUAAGCUAGCCGUAAUUGAGCUUGUCUAUGAUCUAAAGAAGUGCAUGCUUCGCGAAUUGGCUAAGAAUCCGUCAAAGAUUGGUAAUGGAAAGGAGAAGUAUAAGAAACGUUUUGAAGAUCUGGAUGCCGGCGUUGAGCGUUUGCAUGCCCUUUGGAGGGCCGAGGUUGAAGAUGUUACUAAGAAUCGCCAGAAGAAAUUUGAAGACAUUCAGUGUGUACAAACCGAAAAUCUGGAGGUUGAUGAUAUGCGAGUUCUUGAUAAUGCAAAUGGGGUGGAUGAGAGUGAAGAAGAACAAGAGAAUUCUAAAAGCUUGGAUGAAGAUGAUAGCAAUGGAGAUGCGAAGAAAGCGUCAGUUCUAUUGGAUUCUAUUCAUCAAGGUGAAUCCCAGGAGCUUAUUUCUAGUUCAGCUGCUGUACAUUCUGUGGAAAAGAUAGAUCUGCCACAAAUUCUGAACUCACAAUCAGAAACAAUUGUGAACCACAGUAAUGAGGAGCCUGUGACUCAUGAAGCUAUCAUUACAUUAGAGGAUAACAAGGUUGCUAAAGCAGAGAAUGACAAGGUUUCUGAACCACUACAUGCUGAUCAAUUGGUUAAUGGUGUUGGCAAGGACCAUAUUGUCAUUGGCGAGCACAAGAAGGAAGCAGAAGAAGUCAAUAAAGAGAAACACAAUCAAGGAAAUGGUGAAAGGAUAAUUUCACCUUCAGUAAAGCUUGUUUCUUCCUCUGAAAUGUCCACUGGUCCCGCUCCAUCACCUGUUCGUCCAGCUGGCCUUGGGGGUGCCGCCCCACUUCUGGAACCUGCACCUCGACCAGUGCAGCAGCAACAUCGUGUUAAUGAAGCUAUGUCUAAUGUGCAUUCUCAGCAGAUUGAUGAGCCUGAGACUGAUGAGUAUGACGAGACUAGUGAAAAACUUAAGAUAUCAAAAUCCCAGGGUUUUGGUGCGAACGGAUUUAUGGAUACGGAAAGUGGGGUUGAGACGAUUGGUAGGCCAGAAUUGGGAGUGAAAACCGCUGUUGAAAAUCAGGUAGUCGGGGAUAAUAUGAAUAAGGUAGAUGAUAUUGUUGAGAGAUUGAAAGAUGUUGAAGACGAGGCGAUUGAUUCACAAGAGAAUCUGCAGAAACAGGGGGCUAAUAUUCAUGAUUCAGUUUCAAAACUGCAUGUGAAUUUGGUUAAUGAAUCGGACAAUUUUGAUAUUGCUAUUCCUACUGUUGGUGCUGAGAAGGUGGGUGGAGUAGUUGACGAAGAAGAGGUGAACAGUUUGGUGGAUGAGGGAGGAACUGGCAAGGAAGUGAAUGGACAAAAGGAAGUUGAUGGUGAUGAAGGAAUCGAGAUUUUGAAGGAUGCAGUCGAGCUCAAUUCUGGGCAUCGAGCUGAAUUCACCUCCGACUCCGAGGGUGAAGGUUUCUCUGAGAAUCCGUCGGAGAGUGAUUCAGAAGAUGAGGAUAUUGAUCGUCCGUGUCUAUUUGAUACUUAUAUGGUGGAUCAUUUGUUGCAUUGUGAAGGGGAGGUUCUGCCAAAAAGUUUGUGUAAGCUAGCCGUAAUUGAGCUUGUCUAUGAUAUAAAGAAGUGCAUGCUUCGAGAAUUGGCUAAGAAUCCGUCAAAGUUUGGUAAUGGAAAGGAGAAGUAUAAGAAACGUUUUGAAGAUCUGGAUGCCGGCGUUGAGCGUUUGCAUGCCCUUUGGAGGGCCGAGGUUGAAGAUGUUACUAAGAAUCGCCAGAAGAAAUUUGAAGACAUUCAGUGUGCACAAACCGAAAAUCUGGAGGUUGAUGAUAUGCGAGUUCUUGAUAAUGCAAAUGGGGUGGAUGAGAGUGAAGAAGAACAAGAGAAUUCUAAAAGCUUGGAUGAAGAUGAUAGCAAUGGAGAUGCGAAGAAAGCGUCAGUUCUAUUGGAUUCUAUUCAUCAAGGUGAAUCCGAGGAGCUUAUUUCUAGUUCGGCUGAUGUACAUUCUGAGGAAAGGAUAGAUCUGCCACAGAUUCUGAACUCACAAUCAGAAACAAUUGUGAACCACAGUAAUGAGGAGCCUGUGACUUAGAGGAUAACAAGGUUGCUAAAGCAGAGGAUGACAAGAUUGCUAAAGCAGAGGAUGACAAGGCUUCUGAACCACUACAUGCUGAUCAAUUGGUUAAUGGUGUUGGCAAGGGCUAAAAAUAUUUUAUUUUUCAACAUUGAUUUAAUAUUUUUUUAUCCACAACCACUUUUACUUA